GGAGGGGGCAGGCCGCCACGGCGGAGGGCGCCGGCCCGGAGGCGAGCCACUGGCUCCAGGACCUCCCCGCGCCUCCUCACUCCCGGGGGCCACGGAGAGCACGCUCAGGGCCCGGCCGGCCCACUCCAGACGCGCGCCCCGACGCGCCGGGCCCAGGCCGGGAGGCCCAGCAGGCGCCUCUGGAGGAGCCCCGCAGACGCCAUGCUAAAAGCCAAAAUGGCUGCCCCGCGGACGCCCGCAGCGCGCCGCCCGUGAGGAGGGAGCCGGCGCCGCGGCGGGGGAGGGGGCGCGGGAGCACCGUCCAGCCGCAGCCGGCGGCCCAGGUUCUAGCUGCCACCAUCUCGUACUAUAACUUUUAAAUUAUAUUUGGAAAGAAACCAGCCACAGGGGGAAAAUGAUCAAGUUUUUCCUUAUGGUGAACAAACAAGGGCAGACCCGGCUGUCUAAGUACUACGAGCAUGUGGAGAUUAAUAAACGUGCCCUUCUGGAGACAGAUGUCAUCAAGAGCUGUCUGUCCCGAUCCAGUGAACAAUGCUCCUUCAUUGAAUAUAAGGAUUUUAAGCUCAUCUAUCGGCAAUAUGCAGCUCUCUUCAUUGUGGUUGGAGUAAAUGAGACCGAGGUAAGACGCCAGAAAAGCCUGAGAAGAUGCAAGACUUUAUUCUCCAAUGAGAUGGCUAUUUAUGAGUUCAUACACAAUUUUGUGGAAGUUUUGGAUGAAUACUUCAGCAGAGUGAGUGAACUAGAUGUAUCCUUUUCGGUACCUUUUCUCAUGGUAUGUGGCAAAGCACACUCAGGGCCUGACCAGAUAAUGUUUAACUUGGACAAAGUCCACAUCAUUUUGGACGAGAUGGUGUUAAACGGCUGCAUUGUGGAAACUAACAGAACAAGAGUUCUUGCCCCUCUACUGAUCCUUGACAAGAUGUCAGAAAGCUGAUGAAGAUUAGCAUGGUCUGAGAGGUGUAAGCAGCAAGGAAGACAUCACAAACCACAGCAGCCUUCCGAAAACUGUCACUAGCUGUUUCCCAUGGUUCCUAGAGAAAACAAUUCUCUCCUCUAGUUUACUGUACACCCCAGCCAUAGCCCCUCCUUCCUCUCCUCCCUGUCCCACCCUCCUUACCUCUCCCCUGAAUCCUCCCUUACCUCACUCUCAGAAAAGGGGAGCCCUCCCCCCCCCAGCACAUGAAGUCUUCUCAGGACUGACCACUUCUUCUACACACAGCGGCCUGGCAAGACAGACCUGCCAGGGAUGGAGAAGCAUGCAGUAGAGUCCUUGUCAGAGACAGCCCCUAUUCCCCUUACUAGGGAACCCACAUGAAGACCAAGCUGGACCUAGACUGUAUGCAUAUGUAGUUAACUGUAUGCUUCCUUUUCCUUCUGCAGGAGCAUCAGGGUUACAGGGGGAAAGAAUGGGUGGCAGUUCUCCAUCAGCCAAUAAAUUUCAAGUUGACUUGACCAUAUGA